CGCAGCGCGGCCUGCAGGCGGCGCUAUAAUAGCGGCGUUCCCCGGCGGCCAUGGCGGCGGGAUGGUUGCCGACGCUUCUCCUGGUCCUGGCCCUGCUUUUGGGGGGCCCGGUAGGACCGGGGGUUCGGGGAGCGAGAAGCCGAGGAGCUGAGAAGCAAAACAGCCUCCGGCGAGCCGCCAGCGGGCUCUACCAAGGGGUGAGCGGGAUAUUCGGCGAGGACAACGUGAGGGCCCUGCAGAAGUUUUUCUCCAGGUUGACAGAAAGAUUUGUGAAUGGGGUGGAUAUAUUAAUGGACACAUUCUGGAGAAUAUGGACUGAUUUGUUAGAUGUCCUUGGAAUUGAUGCCUCCAACUUGACUCAUUAUUUCAGCCCCGCGGCGAUCGCCAACAACCCGACCCGCGCUCUUCUGCUGAUCGGUGCCAUUUUACUUGCCUACUGGUUUUUAUCUCUCUUCCUUGGAUUCUUCUUCUAUCUGCUGCACAUGCUGUUCGGUCGCUUCUUCUGGAUUGCCAGGGUUGCCCUUUUCACCCUCUCGUGCGUGUACAUCCUCCAGAAGUACGAAGGUGACCCAGAACACGCCGUCCUGCCCCUUUGCUUUGUUGUAGCCGUCUACUUCAUGACGGGGCCGGUUGGAUUUUACUGGAGAAGAAACAGCAGCAGCAGCCUCGAGGAGAAGAUGGACCACCUGGAUAGUCAGAUCAGACUCCUGAACAUCCGUCUGUCCAGGGUGAUCGAAAGCCUGGACAGAGGCAGUGACCAAUAAAGCAGUAGCGACCACUGCACACCAGCGCUAGAGAAUUCCUAAGCACUGUCUCGUUCGAAGUUACAAAGCAACAAAAGCAUCACAUGGUAAAAAGUGUGCCAAGUUAGAACUUUUCGUCAUGUGUAAGACUAAUUUAUCUAGAUUAUACACUCAGCCAUUAUACUUGUAGGAGAAAAAAAAAUCAGCUGUAUAUUCAGAGUUUUAUCCAGUACUAGAAUUUUCUCCGUAGAUAAAGGCUUACUUUUACAAGCAUUUAAAAACAUCUUUUGUAAAGUUUUUAUAAAAGCAAAUUGAAUAGCCUUUCAGAUAUUGAAAUUCAGCUAAACAUAUGCAAAUUUGACACUUAAAAAGUUAAAAAGAAAAAAAAAAUCUCAAGCUACCAAACACUUCCAUUGAGAAGUACCUGCUGUGGGUCCACUUUGUUGUUUUUCGAAGUAGUGAAUGUUUCCGUUGUAUUGUGGGCUUAUUUCAUUGCCUGAAGUUGCCUUUCAUAGAGUAUGGGAUGAGGAAUUUUCUGGUAUGCAGGCCAAAAAAUUCACACCAUAGCUUUUAACAGGAGGUGGGGAGUAAGGGAGAAGGAAGUUUUCGUAGAUCCUUAAAUGCCGGUCCCAAAUGAGGAGUUGGGAAGUGCACGUGUGGCAUCAUUUCAUUGCAUUUCAUCGCAACAACUUAAAUUUGGUGUCUGAAAGGAAAUGUGUUUUAACAGUGAUACAGGAGGAGGUGAUGUAGUGCGGCAAAUUGUAAUUCAUAUUUGAUCUUCACAAUGAAGCAUUUUCUCAGCAUAAGUGCAUGUCAUAAAUCAUGAUUUUUAUCUCUGGACCCACGCACUUUCUCAAAAAAGGCAGCAGUUAGAACAUUUGCAAAUGUAUUGUUGCUUAAAGCUUUCUCAGGACCAAUAAGCGGCAAUAAAUUAUCUUCAGGAAGAUCUGGAUUUUUUUCUAAAAUUGUAAUAGUUUUAUAGAAGCUUUUUGCUUGAAGUCCGUGUCCUCGCUCUAUUGCAUUUUAGGGAAAGCGAGUCACCUUAUGAGAAGGGUGCAUUAAACAGCUGCGUUUCAAAGUGAUGUAGGAGCUUUGAAGCCUUUUUUUUUUGAAGGAUUGUGUAUUUGUAGGCUUAGAAGCUGGGUAGGGUACCACUGGCUUUGUAACGGAGGGAACCUCAGGGAAGAAAGUCCGAGAAGAGGUUUAACUCGGUGACCUGAACCGUAGUGCUGAGCACAGCAUCCAUGCCACGAGAGGGGAAACGGAGCUCGGCUGCAGAACUGUGUGCCGUGACAGCUACACCAGUACAGAAACACAGCACCAAAACGGGGGCUGUGUAGGGACUGGCUGGAAGGGAAGGGGAACAGGACUGGCUGGGGACGCUGAGCUUGGCUUGGCUGAGCUCGGCUUGGCUCUUGCUCUUCGGCCGCUUCUUUCCUUGGGCAGAGCUUUUCUUGGAUGUGACGCUUCACUGAAUGUAACUGCGGGGUGAAUUUAUUUUUCUCUUCGUGCUGAAGUUUAAUACUCUUCUUAAAAUGUGUGUUACUUGCCUAACCUCUUUUGGUCUGUAUGUGACAUUUACAUGAGGGGUUAUUUUAAAAUCCACUUUAAUGGCCUUUAUCCCAACCUGCGAUCACUUAAAUUCAACACGGUUGAAGUUCAUAUGCAGUUGGCACUGUUGGAAUCUUUUUUUUUACGUCAUUUGUAAAUCCCCCUGCACCCCAUUCUUUUGAGAAAUACACAUUUAGAGUCGCAGCGUCACUGCUUUUCAUAACCUAAAAUCUUUCCCGUGAACAGAUAAGUACCAUGGCAACAAAUACUUCGUAAAGCUGAAAAUGUAAAUUACAGUAUAUUCCUUUUUACAGCUCAUUUUCCAUAGUAUUGCGGAGUCUUCCUUGUAAACUCAGUUUUCCGUGCUGUUGCGCACAGGGGACUGGGCUCAAAUGCCAACCUGGAAAUGAGGAAUUCAUUAGCAAAGCUUGUCAGGUCGUUACGUGUUUUGCUAAAUUAGAGGCCCGAGGACUAAAGUCUGCAAACGUCGGUCGUGGAAGCCGCUCCAUCGCCUUCAGUAGGACUCUGCACAUGGGUCAGUUUUGCAUAGAAUGUAUUUUAUGGAGUCCAUAUUGAAUGUUGAAGUUAAAAAUACUGAAUUGUUUAUAUAUUAAGAGUUGUCUAUGAUAAAGAAUUAUUUUCAAAUGCUCUAUCAAAGUUAAUUUGGAUUAUAGUAUCUCCCUGUCUCACGCUGAUCAUUUAUCUUAGUUUUGUAAAAUCAGCCCUCCUGUAUUAAUGCUCUUAAUUUUGAACACCCUGCUGCUUUAAAGUAUUUUUAUAUUUACGCGCAUCCCAUGUAUAGCUAAAUGUUAUGUGAAAAGCAGUAUAUAUAAAAUGGGAUAUUUUUAAUCAGUAUUUUUCCCAGCUCUUGGUUUCCAGGUUAGUCAAAUUCAUAAGUGAUGAUUAUUUUUAAAGCACAAUCUAAUCUUCGAUAUAUAGCUACUUUAAAAACGCUCUGUGAUUUUAAACACGCACUGUAGUGGAGGCGCUUUCGGGACAUGAAUGUGGUGUAUUUAAUCUCUCUCGGCUUUUGUAAAUACCUUUUACAGAGAUUUUCCAUACCAAACGCUCUGGUUUCUCCCCGGCGGUUUUCGCUCUGUAGGACGUGCUCUGGUGCCGGUGCUGCUGUUGCGCUGCCGCUGCCGGGGGCGCCGCGCUGGUGUCGCCCCAUCACCCACCGAUAAACCCCGACAGAAUUUGAGAGAUUUGCUCAAGUCGGUGGCAGAAAUGGGAGCAAAACUCCAAUCUUGCCAGCCCAAGUCACCAAGCGACGGUUAAGACGGGCGUCAGACUGUCCGAUGUCAGGAAUUCCGGGAGGGUCUUGAGUGUUUUAAACUUUGUACUUUAAGACCUAACGUUUGAAACUACUGUACUAUUUUCAAGACAUUCACAUUUUUGCAAAACUCGUUUAUUUGGAAGUACGCGCUUCACCUGUAGAUAAACUGAUCUGUCGUGUUUUGGAAUGUGACGCUUUUACAAGUGGCAUUGGGUGUCGGGGUACAACGCGUAGAGCCUGGUGUAGUUCAGUGCUGUGCUUAGUGCGUCCGUCAACUCGUGAUUUGCUUUUCGAGACUCGUUGCUCCGUUAGUGUGGAAAAUAGACCAGUAUCAAUCUCCGCUCUUGGGUGGCGUGGCCGUUUCUAAGUGUGUUUCGCCUCACGUUCUGAUCUGUAUUCGGCAGCUAAUGACGUAAAUGACCAUGAGUUCUCUUUGUCUGGGAAAAUCAAAGGUUUUACUGUAUCCGCAUGUAUUUUAAACUUUUGGAUAAUUCCAUCGAACUGUGAUGACAGCACAUUUAAAAGUCAAUCUUUUCCUUUUAGCCAGAGGUUCUAUUUGCCGUGGCAGCACUUGUUCUCGACACUGGCGCUAGUGAUUUCACAGCCUGUUUUGUACAUCAGAUUUCAGAUUAUAGUGUUUUAAGUUUGUACAACAGUGUUUAUGUAAAAACAAAUAAUUCGGUCUGACGAGAUGAUAUAUGUAUACUUUUGACAUAUGAUCCAUAGGGAGAUAUUAGAUUCUACUGAUAAUAUUAAGUAGUUACAAAUAUAUCAGACUUAUUUUUUACAGAGCUAUACAUGCCUUUAUUUAUUACUUAUCUGACCACCCAAUCGAUGUACUAUGUAGUUCAAUAUUUGUAGACCGAUUUCACGAAUCACCUAUGGUAUUGUGACAAAGCUUAAAAUAAACGUUUACUGAAACUUU